AGGAGGAAAUGGGGUGGAGGAAUUGUGUGCAGGUCUGUGACAUUGAAGGCUGGGCUUCUGAAAGGGCUUGGGGCUGCCUUCUCAGGUCAGAGAUGAGAAGGAAGCUCUCACUGGCUGUCCCUCUCCUUUGAUGGGAUAACUGGAGGCUGUGGCAACCCAGCCUCCCUCCCUAGUGGCCCCACCAGAAUAAAACCGCCCAAGGAGUGUUGACUACCCCGGAGAGCUUCGGAGCCUGCACCAAAGAGGAGGAGCACGUAGCUUGCUGCCAGAAAUGGCCCUGUCAGUGGACUCAUCUUGGCACCGGUGGCAGUGGCGUAUCCGAGAUGGCCUCCUCCAGUCCCCAUCAGAAGCCACACCACUGCUGUCCCCAGAGAAGGAGAGUCAGAGCUACAACCUGGCUCGGCAACGGGUUGUGUUCCCCAACAACAACAUAUUCCACCAAGAUUGGGCAGAGGUCUCCAAGAGAUACUCGGGCAACAGAAUCUGCACAACCAAGUACACUCUCCUCACCUUCCUGCCCCGGAAUCUCGUGGAGCAGUUUCACAGGUGGGCCAACCUCUAUUUCCUGUUCCUGGUGAUUCUGAACUGGAUGCCCACCAUGGAAGUUUUCCACAGGGAAAUCACCAUGUUACCAUUGGCCACUGUGCUGUUCAUCAUCAUGGUCAAGGACGGCAUGGAGGACUUCAAGCGGUACUGCUUCGAUAGAGAGAUAAACUUCUCCCACAUCCAGAUAUAUGAGAGAAAGGAGCAGAGCUACGUGCAGAAGCGCUGGAGGGAUGUGCGUGUGGGAGACUUCAUCCAGAUGCGAUGCAAUGAGAUCAUCCCGGCCGACAUUCUCCUCCUCUUUUCCUCGGACCCCAGUGGGAUCUGCCACCUGGAAACUGCCAACUUGGACGGAGAGACAAACCUCAAGCAAAGGCGUGUGGUGAAGGGCUUCUCUCAGCAGGAGGCCCAGUUCAAACCAGAACACUUCCACAACACCAUCGUGUGUGAGAAACCCAACAACCGCCUCAACAAAUUUAAGGGUUACAUGCCACGAGACAAAAGCCAUGCUGAACAACAGCGGCCCGCGGUACAAACGCAGCAAGAUAGAGCGCCGCAUGAACACGGACAUCUUCUUCUGCAUCGGGCUCCUCUUCCUCAUGUGCCUCAUCGGAGCUGUCACAGCCUCUGGAACGGGACGUUUAGGGAACAUCCUCCCUUCGAUGUGCCGGAUGCCAAGGGCAGCUUCCCUCCCCUUGCCCUUGGGGGCUUCUACAUGUUCCUCACAAUGAUCAUCCUGCUCCAGGUGCUGAUCCCCAUCUCCCUGUACGUGUCCAUUGAGCUGGUGAAGCUCGGGCAAGUCUUCUUCCUGCACAACGACCUCGACCUGUAUGAUGAGGAGACCGAUCUGUCCAUCCAGUGUCGAGCCCUCAACAUCACGGAGGACCUGGGCCAGAUCCAGUACAUCUUCUCCGACAAGACGGGGACACUGACCGAGAACAAGAUGGUGUUUCGGCGCUGCACCAUCGUGGGCAGCGAGUACUCACACCAAGAAAACGCCAAGCGACUGGAGGUCCCAAAGGAGCUGGACUCAGACAGUGAAGAGUGGACCCAAUACCAGUGCCUGUCCUUCCCGGCCAGAUGGGCCCAGGGCCCAGCAGCAGUGAGAAGCCCAGGAGGCAUCCAGCCUCUGAGGAGAUGCCAGAGUGCCCGGGUACCCAUCCAGGGCCACUCCCGACAGAGGUCCGAGGGGCGCUGGGAAAACACACAGUCUUCUGUGGCCUUCAGCAGCUCCAUCGAAAAAGAUGUGACUCCAGAUAAAAACCUACUGACCAAGGUACAAGAUGCUGCCCUGUGGCUGGAGAGCUUGCCAGACUCCAGACCUGCCAAGGCUUCCCUCUCCACCACCUCCUCCAUCGCUGACUUCUUCCUCGCCCUAACCAUCUGCAACUCCGUCAUGGUCUCCACAACCACUGAGCCCAGGCAGAGGGUCACCAUGCCACCCUCGACCAAGGCUCUGGGGACCUCCCUGGAGAAGAUCCACCAGCUCUUCCAGAAGUUGAAGUUUUCCAGCCUCAGCCAAUCAUUCUCCUCCACCGCGCCCUCUGACACCGACCUGGGGGACAGUUUGGGGACCACCAUGCCCACCACGGACUCAGAAGACAGAGACGACGCAUCUGUGUGCAGUGGAGGCUACUCGACUGAUACUGAUGGCGGCUACAGGAGCAGCACAUGGGACCAAGGUGAGGCCCUGGCGUCUGGGUCAGGCACUUCCUUGGAGGAGGUGCUGGAGGACCCGGCCCUCGGCCCGGCCAGCCCCGAGCUCUGCUACGAGGCCGAGAGCCCCGAUGAGGCUGCCCUGGUGCACGCCGCCCAUGCCUACAGCUUCACACUGGUGUCCCGGACGCCGGAGCAGGUGACUGUGCGCUUGCCUCAGGGCACCUGCCUCACCUUCGAUGUCCUCUGCACCCUGGGCUUUGACUCUGUCAGGAAGAGGAUGUCCGUCAUUGUGAGGCACCCGCUGACGAGCGAGAUCAUCGUCUAUACCAAGGGCGCCGACUCGGUUAUCAUGGACCUGCUGGAAGACCCGGCCUGUGUGACUGACACUGAUGUGGAAAAGAAGCUGAGGAAAAUCCGAGCCCGGACACAGAAGCAUCUAGACUUGUACGCAAGAGAUGGUCUUCGAACACUGUGCAUCGCCAAGAAGGUCCUAAGUGAAGAGGACUUCCGGCGAUGGGCCAGUUUCCGGCAUGAGGCCGAGGCAUCCCUCGACAACCGAGAUGAACUUCUGAUGGAGACCGCCCAGCAUCUGGAGAAUCGACUCACCUUACUGGGAGCCACUGGGAUCGAAGACCGGCUGCAGGAAGGAGUUCCAGACACAAUCGCAGCUCUGCGGGAAGCUGGGAUCCAGCUCUGGGUCUUGACUGGAGAUAAGCAGGAGACAGCGGUCAACAUCGCCUACUCCUGCAGACUGUUGGAUCAGACCGACACUGUUUACUCCAUUAACACUGAAAGCCAGGAAACUUGUGAAUCCAUCCUCAACUGUGCCCUGGAAGAAGUGAAGCAAUUUCAUGGACCCCGGAAGCCAGAGCGCAAGCUCUUUGGGUUGCGCCUACCUUCUGAGACACCUCCCCCCGCCUCAGGAGCCGCGGUGCCAGCAGUUGGAUUGGUCAUCGAUGGGAAGACACUGAACGCCAUUUUCCAGGGAAAGCUGGAGAACAAAUUUCUGGAGUUGGCCCAGUACUGCCGGUCCGUCCUGUGCUGCCGCUCCACGCCGCUGCAGAAGAGCAUGAUCGUCGAGCUGGUGCGAGACAAGUUGAGCGUCAUGACCCUUUCCAUAGGUGACGGAGCAAAUGACGUAAGCAUGAUUCAAGCUGCUGACAUUGGGAUUGGAAUAUCUGGACAGGAAGGCAUGCAGGCCGUCAUGUCCAGUGACUUUGCCAUCUCCCGCUUCAGACACCUCAAGAAGCUGCUGCUGGUGCAUGGCCACUGGUGCUACUCCCGGCUGGCCAGGAUGGUGGUGUACUACUUCUACAAGAACGUGUGCUACGUCAACCUGCUCUUCUGGUACCAGUUCUUCUGUGGUUUCUCGGGCUCCACCAUGAUCGACUACUGGCAGAUGAUCUUCUUCAAUCUCUUCUUCACCUCACUGCCUCCUCUUGUCUUUGGGAUCCUCGAUAAAGACAUCUCUGCGGAGACACUCCUGGCGCUGCCCGAGCUGUACAGGAGCGGCCAGGACUCCGAGUGCUAUAACCUGAUGACUUUCUGGGUUUCCAUGAUGGAUGCUUUCUACCAGAGCCUCAUCUGUUUCUUUAUCCCUUACCUGACCUACAAGGACUCUGACAUUGAUGUCUUCACCUUUGGGACACCCAUCAACACCAUCUCCCUCGCCACAAUCCUCUUGCACCAGGCAAUGGAAAUGAAGACCUGGACCAUCAUCCACGGGCUGGUUCUCGUAGGCAGCUUCCUGAUGUACUUUGUGGUAUCCCUAGUGUACAACGCCACCUGCGUCACCUGCAACAGUCCCACCAACCCCUAUGGGGUGAUGGAAGUCCAGCUCUCAGACCCCACUUUCUACCUCGUCUGCCUCCUCACACCAGUCGCGGCUCUUCUACCAAGGUACUUUUUCUUAUCUCUACAAGGGACAUAUGGGGAGUCCCUGAUCGCAAAAGCUCAGAAAAUUGACAAACUCCCCAAGGACAAAAGAGACCUGAAAAUCCAGAGUUGGAGAAGCAGACAAAUGCCGGUCCCUGGAGAGGCUCAGCGUACCCACCGUCCAAUGCCACCUGUCCCUGAACAGGACUUCAGAGCCAGCACCCCAAAGAGCUCCCGCCUACCCAAGCAGAAGUGCACAGAGAACCAGGGGGUACAUGGAGAGAGAAGCAGCAGAGACCACAGGAGGGACAACCCAAGCUCAGCAGACUCCUCAGCUAAACUCUCAUCCAAAGAUCACCUCCUUCUGGGGCCCAAUAGCAGGAUGGCUUCCGGGGCCUACCCCAGCGAGCAGACUGAUGAAUACCAGCGCUCGAGCAGGGGCAGCCAUCGCCGAUCCCAGAGUUCACUGACCAUCUGAGGGGCCUGCAGAAAUCUGUACAAACUUGGGGGAGGCCGCCCAAUCGCCGGCCUAAUUAACCCAAGACUCUCCUUCUCCAUGGAGGAAAGAAUGAGCCAGUCUUACUCUCUUCUCCCCGCCAGGCUUGACUUCCUUAGAUGAAGUACUGGCCCUAAGGGCGUUGACCAAAAAAGGCUGGAAACCACUCAACCUCCAGUUUUCUCCUGCUGCCAGGCAGCAUAUCUUGCAGAGUUUCAUAAAGAGGCUAUGUUUCUAUGGCAUCAAGUCCUCAGAGACAUUCUUCUGAUCCUCUAGAUAAGCACAGCCUACAACCCAAUACAUACGUUUCCAAGAUUCCAAGAAAUGUAUAAACCCAGACAAUCCCUCAGGCUGUGGAAGUUUCUGGUCUUGCCACACCAUCACUUCACCGCAUGGGUGCCAGAGUUUAAAUUUCAGAAGAGACCCAGACAUGUAGGUGUUUCAUCUUGAUGGUAUUGCAGAGAUGGCCAUGUGGGGGUUAACAUCCCUUUCGCUCACAAAGAGGAAGGAUGCUGUUUGUCUCUAAGUCAAAUAAAACUACAUCUAAAUAUUAAAACUAGACUUGAACUCAGUGCCACUGAUACUUCAGAGGGUUGUGGGGCCACAGCUGGUGUAAGAGGCAGGAAGAACAGAAGCAUUCUAAGAGAAAUGGGUAGACCAGAAGCCCCAUGCUUUAGCUGACAGACCACAUGUCCCACAGCCUGGGGAACCUACUUUUUUAAAAAGCUAUUUAUUUUAUUUGUUUUUAUAUUAAAGGACCCACUCUCAGUCAGCUCUCAGAACAGGAAAACUCUAAGAUGAAUAGAUCUUAGCAAACCUGCCCACAGAAUAGACCCAUAUGAUGCAAGCAACUCUGAGCCCAAACAAUGACAUGUUCAAGGGUAGGGCCAAUGUUAAGUCCUGUUCAUUAAGCGUAACCCAGAGAGGAGUGCUGCCUGGAGGAUACUGGCACAUGCUUCCAUUAAAGGGAGAGUGAUAGGAAGUCUCACUUCACAGGGAAAAGAAAGUUUACAUAGGCUUCUUACCCCUAGAGAUAGUAAAUACCAAAAAUAUAAGAGCUCAAAAACACUGUUGAAAUAAAAGAAUGGAUGAUAGAAUUCUAAUAGGCUGUCAGGAGAAGCUAUGUUUACUAUGGGCAAGGAUAGCCUAUCCCUAGUCUUUUAAGAUAAGUCAGGGAGGGCUACUAAGCCUUAUAUCUUAUUUUAAUAUAUAUAGGCAGUACCUAUAUAUUAAGCAAAAUCCUUAUAGGUUAGGAAUGAAUGCAACAAGUCUUUGAGCCUAGGAGUCAUAGCCACCUCAUUUGAGUAACUUCAGCAACAAAGCCCCCAAAAGAUCUCAAGUUGGCAAAUGGCAGACUGAGCUGGUCCUCUGACCACCCUACUGACAAACCUGAACUGGAGAAGCCAUUUGGAGCACCUUCCUGGAGCCAAAAUACUAGGUCUCAUUCACUGACUCUGUCACAUAAUGACACGGGCACUGGUCAGCUGGUAGGUAUUCAGGGGAAUUCUACAAGAGGAUUGCUAAAGGGGGAACACAGCAGGCAAAGAAGUAAUGACUUUGUCCCAAAUAAGAGGACUAAGCCAAAACUCAGAUUUCAGGGUCCCUUUCUCUGUAUGAUUCCUGCCCAGUCCUGAAAGCCAGAUGAGAAAGGAUGCUUCCGAAAAGAACAAAGCCGUGGGAAGACCACUAGCCUCAGGAGAUCUGAGGCAUAGAUCUUUGUUUUCUAGAGCCAGGAACCUUGAAGCAGGAUGCCACACCUACAAAUUAGGGUAGAACUGCCCUACCUCCCAGGCUUGGCAUAGGAACAAGUCGAAGUUACAUACAUAGGAGGUGAGGGAGAGAAAACCCUUUGAAAGCUGUUAACACCGUCAAUAAUAACACAGGGAUAUUUAUUUCAGAGCUUAAAGGAAAAGAGGUGAUGGAGAAAUUGAGGAAAUGUCUGAUCUUGACCCCUAAAUGCCAAACCAUACCCAUCACUGUGAUGCUGUUCUCUUUCUUGCAUGACCAACCAGCCCAGUUAGCCUGGGAUUUUCCCAGUUUUAGCACUGAAAACCCCACAUCCUGGGAAACUACUCAGUCCUGGGUCAACUGGUCACCUACUCCUGCCCUUCUUUGUAAACCAAAUCAACUGUGACUAUCCAACAUGCCACCUUAGGGGGAAAGUUAUAACAACUAUUUCCCUAUGACAUAAUCCUAAUGAUUGUACUUAAUACAUUUUUAUACUUUUAUGACCUUUUACUAAUUGACUGGAAAUGUGCUGUCCUUUAUUAGCAGAAAAAAAAAUAAACACGAUUUUUCAGAA